UCCCGCUAAAUUGGAGUGUUGAGGAGCCGCCCGCGCCGCCCCUCAGUAGUGACAGGACGCCGCAGGAGGCACCAGGACCACUGCCGCCGCCGCCGCCGCCCCCGCAGCCGCCCCCGCAGCCGCCACCAUGGACGAUCUUCCAGCGGAACAGAUACAGCUGCUGAAGAAGGCUUUCGACGCCUUCGACCAUGACAAGAAGGGCUACAUCACCACCGACAUCGUGCGCACCAUCCUGGACAUGCUGGGGCUCAAGCUGGACGCGGACACGCUCAAGGACAUCAUCGAUGAGGUCGACGUCGACGGUUCCGGUCAGCUGGAGUUUGAGGAGUUCGUGAUCCUGGCCUCCAGGUUCCUGGUUGAGGAGGAUGCUGAGGCGAUGCAGCAGGAGCUCCGCGAGGCCUUCCGUUUGUACGACAAGGAAGGUAACGGGUACAUCACGACCGGAGUCCUGAGGGAGAUCCUGCGGGAGCUGGACGACAAGAUCACGGAGGAGGAGCUCGACAUGAUGAUCGAGGAGAUCGACUCGGACGGCUCCGGGACCGUCGACUUUGAUGAGUUCAUGGAGGUGAUGACCGGAGAGUAGGGGGUGUCGGAGGCGCUGCGGGCAGCGCCAAUCACGUCACGCCACGUCACGACCCGCCCCGCCUACCAGUGGCACGGCCCCCUCCGCGUCGCUGCCGUCCUCUUCUCAACACUUGGUUUUGGACGUCAUCCGAGCCUCUUAGCUACCUCUUCUGCGGUCACCAGGGUGCCCCGGUGUACAGCUGUAUUACUCACAACAUUGUUAAAAUAAAUUUUGUAAAUUUAAA